GUCCUCGGCGUCGUCUCGCGGUUCAGUCGGUUCGUCCUCACGUGGAUGAACACGACGACCGUGAGCAACUACGACGCGCUCCUCGAUAACAUGACGAAGCGCGAGCGCCCGCGCGGGCUGAUCACCGUGAGCAACCACGCGUCGACGUUCGACGACCCGGGGGUGCUGAGCGCGCUCAUACCGCCCGCGUACUUCGCGACUGAGCGCGAGCACGGGGGGAUCCGGUGGACGAUGUGCACCAAGGAGAUCUGCGCGAGCGGGCCGUGGACGCACAAGUUCUUCGCCGCGGGGAAGACGGUGCCGAUCAGUCGCGGCGGCGGGGUCAACCAGGCGGUGAUGCGGACGAUGGCGGAGCGCGUCAGCGUGGGCGACUGGCUGCACAUAUUCCCAGAGGGCCGCGUCUCGCCGCCGGAUGAGAAGCAAGGCGAGCUCGGACGCCUCAAGUGGGGCCUCGGGAAGAUGCUCUGCGACGUCCACGAACUCGGCGGGCCGCCGCCGGUCGUGCUUCCGUUCUGGCACACGGGCAUGGAGAGGGUGAAACCGUACGGGGUCGGGGUGUUACGCGCGGGGGAGAGGAUACACGUCACCGUGGGCGAGCCGAUCGACUUUGGCGACCUCGUG